AUGAAUUUGCAGAGGGAGGCCUCAAGGCUUCCUCGAGGUGCCUGUUCUGCCGCAAUGAAACUCGUCUCUCUCCCCGGGGCUCCAAGGGCCGGCGGCUGCCCCCGCAGGAGGCGGCCUCUGCAGCUGUCCCAGGCCGACUCUCCCUUCUUUGCGUUUUCUCCUUUCUCGCGAACGAACCCGCAACAUGCACCAGUGAAAAACGGUCAGAAACGCGAGGUACAGGAGGCAGGCGAGGAGAGCCAUCUGGCCGCGACUGCACAAAAACCACAGGCAACCACUGAGCAUGGCUCUCUGCCUGUCCGACUUGCUUCCUCACCGUUUCAGCCGAGAUCGCUUCGCCGUCUUGCAAUGUCUGGCUUUUCCUGUGCCCCGCUGGCAACGCGGGUCGAGUCUGCGGACUCCGUCUUUUCGCCGUGGACUUCUGCCAGCAAAGCUGUCGCCUGCUCGUCGAGGGCGGCACCACAUCGAUUCUUUUCUGAAGUCGCAGCGACUGUGUCUCUACCUUCUCUGGGUUCGACUCUCAGAGACCGACGCUCACGAAGGGGCUCUCGUUUCUUCUCUUCGCUCCGGCCGGAGUGCCCUCGUCUUCCGUCUUCUCUCUCCUCUGCACCUUCUGAAGCGCCUUCCUUUCUUCGCCUCCGUGUUCCUUGCCCUUCUCCGGUCUUCGCCGCUCCGUCAGCGUCUCCUCUCUCCUCUUGGCCCUCUUCGCGGAUCGCUUGGUCUACUCCGUCUCCGCGCAUGUCUCCAUAUGCCUGGAGUUCCUCCUCCCCGCUGAUCGCCCCCUCAAAUGCCCUUCCUCAAAGUCGGCGCUUGCCUGCCCUCUGCGAGUCCCGGCGUUUCUUCUACUACCGCUUCCACAAGCGAAUCGGGAAGGGGAAUUUCAAUCGCUACUUGGAAUUCUACCAAAAACCUCGCGGCAUUGAAAAUACUUUGCGCCUGCGGUACAACUACACCCCAACGUUCACAGCGAAGAAACGAAGUGAAAUGUGGAAAGUCAAUCUCGUCAAAAAAAUCGCGCAUGCAACGGACGCCAAGCAAGUCCUCGACGUAUGGACUUAUUACAGACACCGCAGAACCAAGAGACCGUACCACUACCUCCUCGCCCUGCAGCGUCUUGUUGAGGUGGGAGGAUGCGACCCCACAGACUUUCGUUUUCGCUUGAUUGCUCGUGGCAUCUACAGAACUGCGAAACGCUUCAUCAAUCUACCUCGCGUCUGCGUGUACCUCGCCAAGCUGAACGCCACGGGCGAUCUGCAGGACUUGUCCCGGUUCCUCAUCCCGCAAGUGGAGGCGUACUUUCCAUUUCAGUUGUGUCUUCUGGCGCAUGCAUUCGGCUCUGUGCGCCUUCAAGACAAAGUUCUUUUCGCGGCCAUCGACGAGGCCCUUCGUCCCCACCUUUCCGAGCUUCCAGCGGCGAUGCUAGUGAAGCUGACACAGGGCUACGCGGGCGCGUUAGUCCACAACUACGGCCUGCUUGCGCGAGUGUCACUCCUUCUCCAACAACGUUUGUCACGAGCAGCGACAGGGGAGGCGGAUCCGUUGACUGCAUGCGACGAAGAGGAUGAAACGGGUCGGACGCUGAGCAGCAAAGAGCCUCAGGGAGGAAGCAGGCAAAGAGAGACGACCAAGGCCGCGCGGGAGAUUACGGAGGCAGAAGACGACUGUCUGGAGGCGACCGAGAAAAAAACUGUCAAGAGACGGCAUUCGGGACCGCUGUUGCCCACACUUCAUCACCUGCUUGCUUUUGGCCGGGUGUGCGCGGACCUGAAGUACCAAGAUUUUGGAUAUCUGGAAAUGCUCUCCAUACAGAUGCAAGCAGCCUUUCGUGCAGACCUCGCUGUCUCCUCAAGUCGAGAAACUUUCCAAAGAUUUUCGCCGUUCUCCGUUCAAGAGCUCGUCGAAAUCUUCCACCGCCUCAAAGUUAACGACGUGUCUCUCCUCCUGGCCGCGCUCCGCCAUGUUCAAGCGCGCAUGCACGACUACCCUCCUUCCUGCGUUGCAUCCAUUGGCUUCUGCACAGCCCAGAUGCUGCCGUGCGACGCGUCGACGGUCAGACAGGUGCAUGCACAGAUGCUCGAAGUCCUGCAGGAAGCCGUCCCGCUGCUGGAUCUGUGCAGCCUCGGCCAGCUGGCGGCCUUCGCAAAGAAAGCGAAACCGAGGCGGAACCGUUCAGCUCUUCGCUCGAGUGUCUUCGAGGCUGUGGAGGCACGAGUGAUUGAACUCCAGGGUGAUGGACGGACUGUCUUCGACGUCGGCAGACUUCUGGAGUUGCUCUCCCUUAACGGGAGAAGAGUGAGCGAAGAAGCGUUUCACAUUCUCUGCCGCCAGGCCCAUCGCCAUUUGGAUCUCUUCGAGCCUCAAGACUUUUGUCGACUCGCGCGUGCUCUGGCUCGUGUGAAGUGUCAGGGGAGUCGAGGCGAGCAGUCCGAGGGUCUUCAGGCUUCUUCUCUUGUUAAUGCCUUGGCACGGCGGACUCUGCGCCAGGAAGAUGAAUUUUCGCCGCGAGACUUUCUGAGCCUUCUGCGCUCCCUGACCCUCGCAGGUCCCCCCGACCGGGUCUACGCAGUUCCCUUGAAAGAAAAAUUGAGGCGAAAGCAAGUUCUCCACAACUACUUCCCGGCUAGUCAGAGCGAAGACGCGGAAGCGUUUGAAGACAGCGAGCAACUGUUAGAGUCGGAUCUUCCACCGUCUUCUCGACAAACACCGACUCUGCGGAAGGGAAGGCUGCUUCUUGGUCCGCAAGUCAUCAGGAGGCCGCAACAGCAGGGCUCUCCGGAAUCUGCAGAGGGAGAAGCCAGAAGCGAAAAGGAGACCCUUGAAGAGGAGAGUCUGUCUUACUCGCCGGUUCCAGAUGGGGAGCAGGAAGCGGAGGUGAACGGGAAUCACGCUGGGAAAAGUGUCUCCGUUCUCAGCGAAGGAGGCCGCAGCAGAAUUCGACGCAGGCGCUUAGAAGAAAAACUCAGAAUUGCAGAAGAAGAAGGCUGGGACCUUCUCCACAGGCGCGUCGCAUCGCUGCGCCAGCUCAAAGGGUGGCUGUAA